AUGACCGAAAAUGGCGAGCUCUUCCUGGAAAUAUGCAUGAAUAACAACUUGGUCAUUGGUGGAACGUUAUUCCCUCACAAAAAGGUGCACAAGGUUACCUGGAUCUCCCCUGAUAACGUCACCGAAAAUCAAAUCGACCAUAUUGCCAUUAGCCGAAAAUGGAGAGGGUCUUUGCUAGAUGUGCGAAACAAGCGUGGCGCCGACUGCGGCAGUGACCAUCACCUUUUAAUUGGCACAAUUCGUUUGAAAGUAGCAGCCAUCAGAAGAGCGGAUAAAGCCCAAAGAAAGUAUAACGUCGAUAAAUUGAAGAACCCAACAAUCAAAAACAACUACAUAGAUUCUCUCAACACCUCCCUUCAAACUAUUCCAAAUAACACAGUGCCUAAUUGGAAUACCAUUAAAACCUGUUUCACUAACGCAGCCCACGAACAUAUAGGCUAUAAAGAAGAUAAAAGAAAACAGUGGAUCUCUGACAAUACUUGGGACCUCAUAUCCGAAAGAAGAGACACAAAGGGGUUAUUGAAUACCGCUAGAACCCGUAAUGAAAAAGCAAACUUGCGCUCAAUAUAUUCUACGCUGGACAAGAAUGUCAAAAAAAGUGCCCGCCAAGAUAAGCGUAAAUGGAUUGAUGAUCUGGCCAAAGAAGCCGAAACAGCAGCUGCAACCCAUAGGACAAGGGAUUUAUACAGAAUUGCUAAGAAACUUACCCAAAAAUCGUUUGUUUAUGGAGAUUUAGUCACAUCCCAAAAAGACCAGAUGGAUGUAUGGGUAGAGCACUACUCCUCGAUGUUAUCGAAAUCAUCGAACACUGGUCACAAUCUAUGUGAUUGCAUUCAACACAGUGCUAGGGACGAUAUAUCUACAGACUGCCCAGAAUCGAUUUUGAGAAAGCAUUCGAUACGCUUUCCCAUUCAGCCAUAUGGAGUACGCUAA